AUGGCGGAGUUUCGCGGUGGGAAGAAUUCGACGCCUGAAGAGAGGAGGAUUGAGAGAGCGAGGAGAGUGUGCCCCUCUCUCGAUUCGUCGUUCGACAGAAUCACGCUGCUGUGUGAAACCAUUGCGAAGAAGGUGUUUCCGGUGGCGGAGUUUCCAGAGUAUGAAGGGGUGGAAGAGGCGCAUUACGCGUAUCGAGUGAGGGAUCGGCUGAGGAAGGAAGUGCUCGUGCCGCUGCGGAAGGCGUUGCAGCUGCCGGAGGUUUACAUCGGCGCCAACGAUUGGGGAUCUCUGCCUUACAACAGAGUCGCUUCCGUCGCGAUGAAAACAUACAAGACUCAAUUCUACAACCAUGACGAAAAAAGGUUUAAAGAGUAUCUCCAGAAAGUGAAGUCCGGCGAAGCCACUAUAGCCGCCGGCGCAUUGCUUCCUCAUGAGAUAAUUGAAUCGUUGAAUGAUGGAGACGAAGGCGAAGUGGCGGAGCUGCAGUGGAGGAGAAUGGUGGAUGACAUGGCGAAGAUCGGGAAAUUGAGCAAUUGCCUAGCAAUCAGUGAUGUUUCAGGGAGUAUGGAAGGGAUUCCGAUGAAGGUAUCGGUGGCGCUAGGGAUUUUGGUAUCGGAAUUGAGCGAGGAGCCAUGGAAGGGGAAGCUCAUCACUUUCAGCAGAAAUCCAAAGCUUCAAAAAGUGGAAGGGGAGAGCUUGAAAUCGAAGUCAGAGUUUGUUGAACGUAUGGAAUGGGGAAUGAACACUGAUUUCCAGAAGGUGUUUGAUGUGAUACUUGAAGUGGCGGUGAAAGGGAAGCUGAAGGCGGAGGAGAUGAUAAAGAGGUUGUUUGUGUUCAGUGAUAUGGAAUUCGAUCAGGCAUCAUCGAAUCCAUGGGAGACGGACUAUGAGGCUAUAGUGAGGAAGUUUAAGGAGAAGGGAUACGGAGAAUGUGUGCCGGAGAUUGUGUUUUGGAAUUUGAGGGAUUCGAUGGCGACGCCUGUGGCGGGGAACCAGAAAGGGGUGGCGCUAGUGAGCGGAUACUCGAAGAAUUUGAUGAAAAUAUUUCUAGAAAAGGGAAGAAUAAUAGAUCCAGUGGAGGUGAUGGAUGCUGCAAUUGCUGGAGAAAAAUAUCAGAAACUGGUUGUCUUGGAUUGA